AUCAGCUGUUUGGAGAAGUGUGCAUGAUCUAAAGGUUGGGUGUCCCUUGCAAGAGUAUGAUCACAUUUUGGCGUUCAGAUACUUGCUGGAAAACACCUGAUUUGGACAAAACAAUCUGAGAUUUUAAUACUGGCCCUUCACCGAUAAUUAGCCACGACAUGAACAUGAUUUCACAGAAGAUUUGUCAUGACAUAAAGUCGAUUAAGCAGAAUGGGAAGGAGUUACUUUGUAGAUGAAGCUGUGGAGGAAUAUCUUAGUGGUCUUCAGGCAGCUCCCGGAUCAUGUGUCACAGGACUCCUGGCUGGUCAUUCAUCUCCUCAGAGGGAUUUUGUGGUGUUAGCAGUGCAAACUCCUCACAGGGAGAGCGAGGGGCAGACGAAAGCUACGGCUAGAGGGAGCGCACUCGAUGACAUUGAUGUGGCGUGGCUGACAGAACAUGCCAAGCAGGUGUCCCGCAUGCUGCCAGGAGGUCUGUGUAUUCUUGGCCUGUUUAUAGUAACUCCACCUGAACUCUCCAAAGAUGCCAACAACACUUUAAAAAGGCUUAUAUUUGCCAUGGAUAAGUACAUAACUAAGGGAAGACUGUGGGACCUGUCAGAGGAGGACGUGACUGAGCGAGUUACCCUGCACAUCUGCUCCAAAACGAAGAAAGCUGUUUGCAAAACAUUUGAUGUAAAAGAUCCAAAGAGUUCGGCCAAGCCAGCAGACUGGAAGUAUCAGACAGGAGUCUCUUCAUCCUGGCCCAUGCUAACCUGCACUGCUGAGGUGGAUCUGCAGAUUCCCCUGACAGGAUCUUCCUCUGAUGACACAGAAAAGUGCAUGAAGGAUGGUCUUAUGAGGUGGGCUAAACAGAUUGAGACUGGUUACUGUCUCAUAAGUGGCAGACAGGCAUUAGACGACACUGAACUGUUCCUAGGACAGAAAAAGAACCCAAAGACAAGUCAUCGUCAGACACUCCCUGUGCGAAUCCUUGUCUCAGAUGAGAGGUCAGAUGUGGAUGAGCGGUGCAGUGCUGUGGUUCAAGUGUGCAGUGGCUCCAUGAGGGUUCGAGGAGUGGUUCACUGCAGGGCUUAUAUGAACAACAACAAACCCAAAGCCAGACAUGCAGCGCAGGCUAUUAAAAAAGACAUCAUAAACACAGUUUCCUCCAGAGUGGAGAUGUUUCUAGAAGAUCUUUUAAUGAGUGAAGGGAGUCACAAAGGUCUUUCCACUGGCCAACAAGCUCUUCCUCGCCGUGUGUUUGCCCCAAUGCCCUUUUCCAGCCUGUCUGUGUGUGACUACAUGUUCCCAGAUGAAAACACAGCUGAUGUGGCAGAUCGUCUGAAAGAGAUGCUGGACUGUGAAACACCAGUAGAGGACAUAGACAUAAGUCUGGAGAGCAACCAGUUACUUUCCACUGGAUCGGUGAUAACUGACAGCCACAAUGAUGAUUCCAAUGAACAUAUCAACUCAGAAGUCCAAAAUGAAAACCUCAAAAUUCAGAAAGCCCCUCAAUACUAUGCUGGUGUUGCAGUGUCAGCAGCCAUUGCUCUCCUCGCCAUGGCCGUAUCUCUGCUGUAUCUGAGUGAAUGAAAAUGGAAAUAGUAAAUAUGUUAGCAUGAGUGUACAAGUGAGUGAGUAUGUGAAAUAUACUGUGUGAUCUUAAAAAAUCAUUUCAGUUAUAAUUCUUUAAUAGAGUAAAAAAAAAAAGUAAAAUAAUGUAAAAAAUAUACACGUACAAAUAUUUGACAGUCAUUAACAUUACAUAACAUUUACCUUCUCACCUCACUGAUGGCUUCAUUAUAGGACAUGAUUUGAAAUUAAAAUAUUCAGGCCAGUUCUGGUGUCGCCUGUCAAAGCAUUUUUUUAACGAAAAUGGUUUGUUGUGUGGACAUUGUUGUGUCUUUGAAUGGUUGCCACAGAGUUGGAAAAACAGCAUUUCCAAUAUAUCUCAAGGUGUUAUUUGGUUAAUAACAUACCAGAUACCUAAAGUGCAACUUACGCAAUCACGUGUCUUGUUUUUUUCCUUUUUGCUUUCUUUGUUGUGCGAUUCUCACCUGGCAUGUAGCCCUUUAGUAAUCUCUAAUAACAGAUGUGUUCAUAACAAAUCAAAAGAAAACAAAAACAGUUGUCAACUUAUGUGUCUUUGGUGAAUGUCUGAGGUUUGCUUAAAGUGCUGUCUUUGUCUUAAACGUUUUCACGAUCAAACCAGCUUUGUCUGGCUUCUGUUACCACUCAAAAUGUCAUACAGGAACUGAUGUAUUGAAAAUAACUGAACGGAAAAUGCCCUAGGCGUAAAAUAUAAUUGACGUAGAAAUGUUUUGUGUGGGUCCUGAUGUCAUUCAAUGACACUCCACAAAUGUAAAUCAAUCUUUAUCACACCAAGUACACUGUAGAAAUUGAUUUGUUACUUUAAACCUGUUGUAAUUCAGAACCUUUUAGUUAAUGUUCAUAAUUUUGCACAUAGUUCAUUUACCUAAUUUUAAGGCAACAGGUGUACACCCUUUUUAAGUAAAGUCAACUUAAUUGCUUAAA